GCUCAAGAAAGCACGGCCUCGCACAGCUUGGUUGGGGACUAGCAGGAGUGCUCGUGCACAGCACGCGCCGCUUCCCCAUCCCACCCUUCACGUCGCAUCCCCUCGCUUACCGCUCGGCGCGCCAUUCCGCACCCAUGCUUCACCAGGCUCGCUCGCGCGCCGUCUCACGGCUACCGGCGCCGUGCCACGUGGUGGGCCGGAUCUGCGCCGGCUACAGCACGGAUCUGCUGGCAGCCGGCUCGCACGAUCAGAUCGCGAGGCGCGGAUCGGGGCUGGAUGGCGGCGGUACGGGGCUGCUGCCGUGCGACGCGGCGGGCACCAGCGCCAGUCCCAUGGAGAUCGCGUCUGCUCCCGCGCCGAUCAGCUGCGUCGCGUCGGCGUCGUCAGGCGUGGACGAUCGGCAAGUGGUUUCCUCGUGCGGCGGUGCGUGGAGGGACGCACCGUGGGUCGCGCGGCGGUCAGCGGGCGUUAGUGCCGACGAGGGGCUAGCCGCGUGCAGCAGUGCGGCAGCAGCGGCGCUCGCACUCACUCCUAGUCCGCUUCACGGGAGCCAUUACAGCCGUUUAACGACGCUAUCGCCGCGUUCACUUCAUACCCUCCCGCCACAGCACCACCACCACCAUCGCUCCUCCGCUCUCCAUUCCGCGCCCAUCUUACCGCAUCUGCGCGCCUCCGCCCAGCUCUCUCCGCUCCGCCGUUCCGUUCCCGCCGCCUGGAGCUGCCAGCUCGCCCCUCACUCGUCCGCCCUCCGCCUCCCCGCGCCCCAUGCACCAAGGCCUGCCUGCGCGCCAUUCCAAUUACCUACUGACACGUGGCGGGGCAGCUCACCUUUUCACGCCCCGCGAGCAGCAGCAGCAGCGGGGAAGCACCAACUUCACCAGCUCUCCAGCGCCUAUCACUCUGCUGCCAGCACGGACGGCUCCCAGGCGGCCAGCAAGUAUGAGGAGGUGGGGCCAGUGGACCCCUUCUCCCUGGUGGCGGACGAGCUCACAGGCCUGGCAGACAGAAUGCGCGCCAUGAUCCUCUCCGAGAUCCCCAAGCUAGCCACGGCAGCUGACUACUUCUUCAGAGUGGGCGCCACGGGCAAGCGAUUCCGACCCACUGUCAUUCUCCUCAUGGCUUCUUCUUUGGAGCGCGUCCAGUGUGCGCCCGCAGUGGCGCUGCCAGGGAUAGAAGGCAUGGCUGUGGGGGAGGUACCGGUGGGAGAGGCGUUUACUGCGGAGGAGAGGAAGGAGAGGCAGCGGCGAAUAGCGGAGAUCACGGAAAUGAUCCAUGUGGCGAGUCUGUUGCAUGACGAUGUGUUGGACCAUGCUGACACGCGGCGAGGGGUCUCCUCGCUCAACUACAUGAUGGGCAACAAGCUGGCGGUGCUGGCGGGCGACUUCCUGCUAGCGCGCGCGUCGGCGGCGCUGGCGGGGCUGCGCAACACGGAGGUGGUGGAGCUGCUGUCCGCCGUGCUCGAGCACCUCGUGGGGGGCGAGGUCAUGCAAAUGACCGCCGAACCCACGCAGUGCAGCAGCAUGGACUACUACAUGCGCAAGACGUUUCUCAAGACGGCGUCGCUGAUCGCUAACAGCUGCAAGGCCGUGGCCGUGCUGGGCGGCCAUGACGCCGCCACCGCGCAGCUCGCCUACGACUACGGCCAACACCUCGGCCUGGCGUUUCAGCUGGUGGACGACGCUCUUGACUUCACGGGAUCGCUUGCCUCCCUGGGCAAGCCCGCCCUCAAUGACAUCACACAGGGUCUGGUGACAGCACCAGUGCUGUUUGCGGCGGAGAGCCACCCUGGCAUGCACCGCCUCAUGGACCGCAAGUUUUCGCAGCCAGGGGACGUGCAGCAGGCGGUGGCAUGGGUGGAGCAGAGUGGGGGUGUGGCGCGCACCAAGGCGCUGGCAGCGGAGCACUGCGCGCUAGCGGUGCGGGCAGUGCAGGCCAUGCCGCCCGCCCACACGGAGUACGCGCACAGGUGCCGCCUGGGCCUCGUGCAGCUCACGCAACUCGUGCUCUCGCGCUCCAAGUAGAUACCGUAUUCAGACACGGGUACCAUGUUCCACGUUGGGCAACGGGCUCUCAUCGCACCUGCCUCUGGGUGGAUGCCUGGCAGGGAGGGGAUGCGCUGCUACAGUGAUUGAUGUGCUUAUCACGGAUGAUUCACAGUUGCAUGGGCUCUGCUAUUUGCUUGUGGGGAUGAUCGGUAUGAGCGUCCCAUCCCAUCCCAUGUAUACACCUCGCAAGAUUUCCUCAACACAGUGCAUUCUCAAGGCACCAGAUAACUCUCUGAUGCAUUAUACGGCUGACCAUGCGUGGUGGAGUUGGAGGCCUACAUCUUGUGAGAAAUGGACUAAGGAAUGGGGAAAAAAGGUUGUCUUAUUAC